AUGUAUGGUGUGAAGAUGUGUUGUGUGAAGAUGUAUGGUGUGAAGAUGUAUGGUGUGAAAAUGUGUUGUGCGAAGAUGUGUUGUGUGAAAAUAUAUGGUGUGAAAAUGUGUUGUGUGAAGAUGUAUGGUGUGAAGAUGUGUUGUGUGGAGAUAUGUGUGGAGAUGUAUGGUGUGAAGAUGUGUUGUGUGGAGAUGUAUGGUGUGAAGAUGUGUGGAGAUGUAUGGUGUGAAGAUGUGUUGUGUGAAGAUGUGUUGUGUGAAGAUGUGUUGUGUGAAGAUGUGUUAUGUGUGGAGAUGUAUGGUGUGAAGAUGUGUUGUGUGAAGAUGUGUGGAGAUGUAUGGUGUGAAGAUGUGUUGUGUGAAGAUGUGUGGAGAUGUAUGGUGUGA